GGCAGCUGACCGGCGGCCAUUCAAGCACCCGGAUCGUUUAGGUAUGGUCCUGUAAGAGUUGCUGCUCUAUGCUGCUAUGCUGAACAGCUUGCUUGCACCAUCACUCUGCCUUGCUAACAAGAACCAGCCCCCUGGAACUGAGAACGCAAUGGCUGCAUGCCUCAGUUGUAUGGUCCGGCUGCCAUUGAAUGGUCGAGCAUGUUUGCGGGAUUCGUCACGUGGUUCCGAUGCUCUUCCAAGAGUACUGGCUUUCCGUGGACCGAGCGGCAGCUCCAUUGCAGACAGCAUUGGCAUCCACUUUCAGCACAGAUUGCUGUCAGCAGAGCCUAGCGAAAUGCAGCAACAAAAUUGGGAACCACUGCCACCACCUCGAUUAAGUGGGGCUACAAGUGCAGGCAAUGACAACCGGCGAGAGUCACAAUCGCAACAACUUCUCAGAAUCGAUUCAAGCGCACCUUGCACCAAUACUGUGAGGGAACUCCCAACCACCGCUGGCGCUGAUAGCUUGCAGGAAGGUAGCCAAAGGGGUAGUCAAAAGAUCGAUAUGUUUGAGACAAUUGAAGAUGACAGCGGCGCCAGAGGAGACUGCUUGGCAGUUGGUAUACCUGGCGUCCUCAAGAUUCCGGUCAAGGAUGGGGGGACUGCUCCUCCACAAUCGGUUCGUUGGAAUCCGUGGUCACUUUCUCCUGGCAAGCGAAGGCGCAUUGUGAAGACUGAAUCAAAUGUUCAACGGAUGCGGAGAAAGCGGCCCCAACCAGAGUGCUCAAUAUGCGAAGGGAGCGGAAAAGUAGAGUGUGACAGGUGUUGUGGCCGAGGGAGGCUAAACCAUACGAACCUUGCUAUGCUGCCAAAAGGAGAGUGGCCGCAAUGGUGUUGGUCUUGUCGUGGUAGUGGACUAGCUUUCUGCAAUCGGUGCCUCGGGACAGGUGAAAGGAGGGGACUGAUUGGGUUCCGGAUGCCUGAACCUGGAGAUCCUGAUUUCUAAAGUUCUGAUCGAGGUCUAGACACUCUGUACAUAAGUGACAGCCAAGCACUGUGCAUUGUUCUUUAAACGAUGUUUGGAGAGCCCCGAUUAAUCCCAAGCGGGACUUGCAAUCAAUUGAAA